AUUGUUAAUUGUGUAUUACUAAUAAGAUUAAAUGUCAUUAACGUAAUAAUUUAGUGUAGGUUUAAACUAAACGUAGGUUUACAAAAAUAAUUUAAUUAAAAUUCGUUUGCUAAACGUAGGUUUGAACGUAGCUAUUGAUGUGUUAAUUAAGUUAAAUUAGGUAGCUAAACGUAGGUUUAAACGUAGUGAUGCAUUAAAAGGGGACGGAAUGAACUAGUUAAAUUUAGUUAAAUUUAACUAAAUGAAUUAGUUAGAUUUAAUUAAACGUAUGUUUAAUUUAGUGAAAUUAUCUGCAUUAUUGUGCAUUAGGGGACAUAUAUUUUGUGCAUUAUGGUUGUGAAUUCUGUGCAUUUCAUUUAAAAAAGUGAAAAUUAGUUGAUUAUAUUUAGUGAAAUAAAUUACUUAAAAUUGUGUGCAUUGCAUUUCAUAUAAUUUUUUAUUAUAAUAUUCAGGCAUAAUGUAUAAACAAAAUAGAAGUUGGAUGUAUGAUAAAGAUGCGGUAUUGUACGGAAUGCAAUCAAAUUUUCUCGAGGGAGUCGGGGAAUUUAUUGAAUUUGCACUUGAACAUCCGGCUUAUAUGAGUGGUGAUAAAAUAAGAUGUCCAUGUUCAAAGUGUAAAAAUCUCAAAUUUAAAGACCCACACGAAGUUGGGUAUGAUUUGUACGCGGUCGGUUUUGUUCCCAAUUAUUAUAAUUGGACUUCUCACGGCGAACCUUUGGAUCCAUCUGUUAUACCACAAACGGUAGGUUCGUCUCGUUACGUCCCUCCAGAGAUGAGUGCGUGGGGAGACCGUGCUGAAAUGAGGUGGGACCAACAAAUGGUAUAUGACGCAUACGGUGUACCGUCUCAAUUCAACCCCCCACAACCACCUAACGACCCCCCUGAAGCCUCAACCUCGUAUCAACCAGAUGCGGAUGAAAAUCCGACAUUUUAUCAACCUUAUGUGGAUGAAGGUUUGGCUGAGAGAUUUCAGGAUGUUCUAAAAGCUGUCGACCAACCUCUGUAUGCUGAUUGUGAGGGAUACUCUCAGCUAUCCGCUGUUACUGAGUUCAUGAACAUAAAAGCCGAAUACAGUCUCCCUGAAACUUGCAUGAAUAGAGUCUUGCAGUCAGUAGGAGGGAUGCUACCGCGAGAUCAUACCCUUCCCGAUUCAUAUUACCACAUGAAGCAGUUAAUGUCUAAGUUGGGGCUACCUUGUGUUGAAAUUGAUGCGUGCCCGGAAGGAUGUAUGUUGUUCUGGAAGGAGGAUGAGGCACUUGAGUUCUGCAAGUUCUGUGGUGGAGACAGAUACAAACCUGUUCGUCAAGGUAAAAAGAAACCACGACAUAGGUGAAGAAAUUUAUAACCGGGUUCGACGUUUUCCUACGGCUAUGGAAGAGCCAAACCAAGAGCCAUAUGGGUAUUGUGAUACCCAUAAGUGGACAAAGAGGAGCAUAUUCUGGGAGUUGCCUUAUUGGAAAGACCUUCUCAUCCGUCACAAUUUAGAUGUCAUGCACACCGAGAAGAACGUCUUUGACAAUAUAUUUAACACGGUGAUGGAUUUGAAAGGCAAAACUAAAGACGGUCUUGCAGCUAGGAAAGAUAUGACUAUUUGGUGUGAUAGACCCGAACUUUCUGUUGAUCUAGAAUAUCAGGGCAAGGAAGUUCCAAAAGUAGUCUACCAGGUCACAGAACCACAAAAGGCAGCAAUAUUAAAAUGGCUUGCGUCUCAGAAGUUUCCAGAUGGCUACUGCUCCAACUUGUCUAGAUGCGUAGACAUGAACAAACUUACCACGACGACGAGCAUGAAAACUCACGAUGCUCAUGUAAUAAUGCAAAGACUUCUACCAAUUGCACUAAAAGAGAUGCUCCCUGAACACGUAUGGUCCUGCAUUACUGAAAUCAGUUUGUUGUUUCAAUCGAUAUGUUCCAGUGUUUUGGAUGCGGCAUCCCUCCGGAGACUACAAGAGUCUGUUCCCAUUCUGAUGUGUAAUCUGGAAAAAAUAAUGCCACCAUCGUUUUUCGAUACAAUGGAACAUCUCAUAAUACAUCUUCCGUAUGAGGCUUUGACUGCUGGGCCCGUCUUCUAUAGGUGGAUGUACAGAUUUUAAAGGUUAGUCACAAUUUCAUUUAAAAAAAUAUAUUUAUUUCACAAUAACUGUUAACAUGUGUAUUAUUGCAUUAUUGCAGAUUUCUAGGAGAGCUGAAAAAGAAAGUGACCAACAAGGCACACGUUGAGGCUUCAAUUUGUCAAGCGUAUCUUCAACAAGAAAUCUCAACGUUCUCGUCUUUUUACUUCGAGCGUGAGGUCAUCACCAGAAGGAAGAGACCUGCCCGGAACGAUGACAUUGGCGAGGAUUUAUAUGAAAAUGUAGUUUCCAUCUUUAAUUACCCAGGCAGAGGUAAAGGUGCUGCGACACAACGAUACAUCCUGGGUGGGGAAUUGCAAAUUGCGCAUACUUAUAUCCUCAUGAAUUGUCCAGAAAUCUCACCGUUUUAUCAUGAAUUCCGAGCUUCUUUAUCAGCCUUUCCUGAGAAUGAAAUUGAUGCGUUGGUGGACUCUGAUUUUGUAAAUUGGUACAAGUAUCAGGUAUAUAUACACACACAUUAAUUAUAUAUAUUACCUAAUGUUUACCUAAUGUUAUUAUUAUGUUUAUAUUUACAGAUCAAUAGUCGUGGGAUUGUCGACCCUUUGUUAGUAUCAUUAGCGUGGGGCCCAGGUGCCAGUGCCAAUGUGUGGCGGCAAUAUGUGAUAAACGGUUACACAUAUCACACAGCCGAUUACGGAGAGGGCCGACCAACAACGAACAGCGGGUUAUGUGUCCCGACCAUCGGUUAUGAUAACUCGGAAACCAAUUUUUUGGGUGUCCUGCAGGAGAUUCUGGAACUUGAGAUGCCUUCUAGUGCGAAAAAAAUGACAUGCGUUCUGUUCCGCUGCACAUGGGUUGAUCCCACACGUGGCGUGCGAAAAAAUCCGAAGUAUAAUAUGAUUGACGUCAACCACUCUCGUGUGUACCCGAAAAAUGAGCCUUUCAUACUCGCCCAACAAGCAGCGCAGAUUUAUUAUGCAGAAUAUCCUACAACAAGGCGGACCCAGAAUCCUUGGGUGUGUGCAUGUCCUGUCCGUCCGAACAAAAUUAAAUCACAAACUCAACACAAGGACGUUGAUCUAGAUGCUUUUCAGCAACAAUUUUUCCAACCUCCGCCUAUUGUUGAGACGGUCAACUAUAACGUCCAAUUAAGUGAUCCAAAUGGCGGACGUGUUGAAGUCAUGCCAGAAACGCACCUUCCGGACCUAACCAUUCCAUCUGAGCGCGAAAUUGAGGAAAUGUAUGUAGCACAACAAAAUGCUCAAUAUCAGGAAGAAGGUGAAUGGAUAGACGGUUCAGAUACAGAAGAAGACACUAUAUAUGUAGAAAAUAACGAUUCUGACAGCGAGUAAUUGUGCUGUUGUAAUUUCAAUUUUGUGAUAUAAUUUCUC